CCUCAGCUUCAACUAUUCUGCAUUUAGCUCCUUAUUCAUAUUUCUCUUCAAUUAUUUACUUUUCUUCACUGUUAGUUUUGUGGGUACUUUUUCUUUCAAUGGCAGGUGUAACAGAGUGCUCUAGGUUAUCAGUUUCUGUAAUAAUGAUCUGGGUGGUGACAGUUGCAGUAACUGGAAAUUAUGGCGGUGUAGUAGCUCAAUCAACCGCUCCUUCUGCAGGCUGCACAACUUCGCUCAUAGCUUUGGCUCCCUGCGCUGGGUAUGUCACAAGUAAUGUAACCACCUCACCUCCAUCACAGAGCUGCUGCACUGCACUUUCUUCUGUGGUGAAGAACAACGCAAAUUGUCUGUGUCUUCUGUUCACCAAUAACAAUCCUUUAGGCUUCCCCAUUAAUCAAACAAGGGCUCUGACUCUCCCUGGUGCUUGCAAAGUCACCACUCCCUCAAUCUCUCAAUGCAAAGCUGCCGGUGCUCCUGCUCCCUCUUCAUCUGCAGGUGCUCCAGCUCCCUCUUUAUUUACAGGUGUAGGAGUACCGGCUCCCUCUGCAUCUGCAGUUUCCAGCAAUAGUGCACCGACAGGAAGUGUUCCCUCCUCAUCGCCUGAGCCUGAAACAUCAAUCCCCCCUGCAGUAAUUCCCUCAGCAAGAUCACCCACAAGUUCUGUUGGAGGGAUAUCGCCAACAGAAAGUGAGCACCCAAAGACAAGUGCAGGAGCCCAUUUAACAUCAUCCGCCAUUAUCAGUAUGAUGGUGGGAUUAGUUAUAGUGAGCAUUGCGUGGUGAGAGUUGCACCCAUGUUAUUCACUUGUAUUUUAACAUCUUUGAACUUUCCCACAGCGAUGUGAAUGUACUGUUGAGAGCAUAAGAAUCUUUUGUCAGCUGUUUACUUGGUUUUCCUGUAGUAUUUUUUCUUUUACCCAGUGUUUCAGAUGCCGAUUGCAUGCUAUGUGAAUAAACAAUUUUUCCC